AUGCCGUUCCAGAAGGGUCACAGAGGUGCCCGCCGGAGCAGCCGCAAGUCCGACUUCGCCAGUGAGUCCAGCACAGCGACACCGCAAAAGCGCUGCAGACUCAACAGAAACGACGCAGAAGCACCAACACCAGAAGCGCCAGAAGAUGCAUCCGACCAGGACAUGGUUGACGCCGACGGUGAUGCGGAAGACUCGCAGAACAUCGGCACACCACAGCCCGAUGGAAACGAGCAGGACGAGGAGGAGGACGCAGGCACACCGGCGCAGGACGACGAUGACGCCGAAUCCUCACCCGCCAUAACCACCAUUCCCCGACGGACGAGAGGCAGAGGAGGACGGAGAGGGCGCUCACGACCCGAUAUCAGCACGCCCGAGCCUGGUGAAGAUGGCAGCGAAUCCGGCACUCCCUUCCGGCGGCGCAGAGGCAGACCACCGGGCCCGAACAGCGGCAGAGGCAGAGGCGGCACUCGCGGGCGGAGAGGGAAGGCGGGGCCACCGGAGCAACCGCGGGUGAUGGACAAGGACGGCAAUACGCUGGAAGUGAAGGACGACGAGGCGCAGGUAGAUGACGACCCGGAAGGCAACGAGAAGGUGGAUGCGCUGGGCAACCUGCAAGGAGGCCGCGACUAUCGCGUGAGGACAUUCACCAUCGUGGGAAGAGGCGAGAGGCUGUACAUGUUGUCGACUGAGCCGGCAAGAUGUUGUGGCUUCCGCGACAGCUAUCUCUUCUUCACGAAACACCCGAAGCUCUUCAAAGUGCUGGUCAACGAGGAGCAGAAGAAGGAUCUGAUCGAGCGCGACAUCCUACCGAGCAGCUACAAGGGUCGCAACAUCGGUGUUGUCACGGCUCGAUCGGUUUUCCGGGAGUUUGGUGCGAAAAUCAUCGUCGGUGGACGGAGGGUGAUUGACGAUUACAAGGUCGCAGAGGCCAAAGCGAACGGUGAGGUUGAAGGAGAGCUUGCGGAUCCGGACGAUAGGCUCCCGGACAACAAGGACGACUACAAUCGCAACCGCUACGUGGCCUGGUUUGGUGCGAGUGAGGUGUACCGGAAUGCUGGACAGGGUGGUGGUGCUGUGCAUCCGGGCAAACCAGGGCCUGUGGGUAAGAGGAGGAAUAAUUUGACUGUGACGAAUUGGCAGGUGAUGCAUGCGAGGGAAGCAAACCGCUUCAACAGCCACCUAGCAGCUUUCCGACAUGGAAAUCUGGAUGGCGUUUAUGACACUCACACCAACAUGAUGUUCUAUCCCAAGAUCAUGCAGCCGACGCACGCCCGUUGGGAGCAGAUCCCACCGCCCUCGACACCUGCUCAAGCCGAACAGAACCUUCUCACCAACGGCCACACCAACGAUACCACACCAAACGGCACCCACAACGAUUCCAUGGACCUCGACCACGCACCUCCCCAAGACACGACCUCAUCAACCCUCUUCCACCCCGUCCCGGCCGUCAUCACCCGCAACUUCACCGUCAUCGACACGACCUACACCGCCCCUCCCCUCUCACACACCGGCUACCCCGGCCCAGACGGGCACACCGCCGACCCGGCCUCCGGCUCCAACGGCCUCAGCAACAUUCCGGGCGAGCUCGUCGACGAGCUGCCGGAGGACUGUCGCAGGGCUUUUGAGGAGGCGAGACGUACGGAGGUGCAGUGGAAGAGGGGUUGGGGUACGGAGGGCGAGAGUGGGUUGAGGGGGGGUUUGAGGGUGGGGCUGAGUGGGUAUCCUGUUUGA